GUCAAUCCGCUCUGCUGCUUGAUUGCUUCAAGCCAAUCAAGCCUUUCAAGCCAACCACUAUAACAGCUACAGCCAAUUUCCCUCUCAACCCUCGCAACCAAACGCUACCGGUACGAACUACAAACCAUGUUAGCUCCUGAAGAAGAGAACGAAGCUGAAGUCCGACGAGAGGAUCAGGAAAAUAUCAACAAGUUUGCUCGGUUGAAUGCCAAGCUUCAUGAAGUGAGAGCAGAACGAGAUUCUCUAAAGAACGAACUGGAACGAAUCGAUGAUGCCUCUACGGAAAUCAUGAUGGCGGAUGCGGGCAAGGUACUGCUGUUCAUGGGGGGCGCCUUUUUUGAAACCAGCGAGGAGGAAGCAACAACCUAUUGUGAAGAUACCGUGGAAAAACACCAAGAGAAAAUCCAAACCUUGGAGAUACAGGAAUCGGAGAUACUAGAAAAACAGGAUGCAUUGAAAAAGAUUCUCUAUGGGCGCUUUGGAAAGUCCAUUCAAUUGGAGGAAUAAAUGACAAAAACUGAACCAAAUUUAAAAUAUGGAUUGGCCUUUUUCCCAUGCAUCCCACAGUUUUGUCUCCCCAGAUGAUCUUAUACGGACUCGAGUCGAGUCAAGUCAGAAACCACAAUCUACAAUGUGGUGCUUGUUCUCAGUAGAAAUGCCUGAUCUGGAAUUGCAUUGGUAGCUUGUAUCCAAGGACACGAUAUAGUGAAACCAAUAGGUAGGCAAGUACAACAUGUCCCCGGCCU